AGUUGCAAAGGGUGAGUGCUUGUGGACAAAGUUGUCUCGCAUGUGCGAGCUUUGCAGUCUCUGGGCUCCAUCGGACAAAUAGCCGAUUGUUUGAUCCAACGCAUUAAGGCACAGAAAUGGGAUGCCAGCACGCAUACGCAAUGGGAAGAACGAGUUUUCGCUGAAAGGCUGCCUACUUGGACGGAAAUGGGUACUUUUCUGCAAAAGAGAUGCCAAACAGUAGAAAAUUUAACCCUCGCUAUGGUAAUGAAGACACCUAGCACUCAGGUCAUUGUGUUGCGGAUAUUAUUAUAAUAAAGAUGGAGAGCAAUAAAAUGAAACGCACAACCACCAGAGAGCAAUUUAAAGGUUUAAUAUCUCGUAUGAAGGAGCGUCCCGCAAAAAAAUUUACCAGAAGUUCUCCUAACGAGGUAGAGCAAUUUUGGGAGAGUGUGCGUGAGGAACUGAAUUCAUUAGGGCCUCCAUCGAAAAGUAUUUCAGAAUGGAAAAAGGUUUGGUCAAAUUUUAAAUCAGCAAUAAAGAAAAAGUUGGCUCACAAUAAAAGGGAAUUACAAGCAACUGGUGGAGGCGAAAAUAGGGAACAACCUUUAUCGUCGCUAGAAGAAGAUGUUGCUGCUCUAGUGGGCCUAAACGACUGUGUUGGGGGCACUAAAAAUUCAAAAGAGUUUGGAGUGCCUCAGAGGAGAAUUGUUGAGCAUGCCACUCCACUAAAUUCAGAGCAGGUGGUUGAAGACAUUACUCCAUCUACAUCGAAGAGAGCUCGUGAGCAUAAAAAUCCAUAUACUUCGAGAGACGCUAUCUGCAUAAAGCUGUUGGAAAAUGACGAUGUGGAAAAUAACCAAAACAUUCGAAAUGAACUCCGAAAAAUAGAGACCAGAGCAGUUUGACUUGUUAGACAAGCAAAUCGGUGUGCAGGAGAGCUUAUAUUCAAAAGUUUCGGAAGGUGUUGGGGCACAGGAACUACAUUUUAAAAAUGUAAAAAAAGAACUGAAAAAUCUGACUAGGUCGGUUGACCGUCUGGGUGAUCACCAGAAGAAAACCAAUGAAAUUCUCCAAGCUUUUCUUGAGGAGACGAAAAGACAUAAUAUGGCUAUGGGGGCUAAUGCUAUUGAAAAAUUAAGGGUGAAAAAAGAACUUUUAAGCAUUGAAUUAGGAGAAGUUAACAAGCAAUUGAGACUUAAAAAAUGACUGUGAAUUAGAAAUUUUUUUUUAGCUUAAGUUUUAAAGUGCAACAUUUGCCAAGAAGGCUUUUUUUAUUUUAAGCUUAAGUUUUAAUGUGCAACAUUUGCCAAGAAGGCUGUUUUUAUUUUGUUCUUAAGAAAUAUAUACAAACAUACAUAUAUUUAUGUACGUUAAAUGAAAACAAAAAAAUGUUUCUUUAUAAAAAGCUGUGUAGCAUUUCAUUCCG